AUGGACAACGAGCAGUACGAAGGUGCCUAUCAGUUCCUGACCGACCAACUCAGCUACUGUCCAGAGUACUUGUCGUCGCCGGCAUUCAUCUCAUUCUUCAAGGUCUGUAGGAAGAUACCUUCGAUGGACGGUCGUAUCAUCGAGUUGAUAGAGAAACACAUUCACAGUAUCCCGGCGGAACAACUUCAAAAGAUCGGUGUUUCACUGCUGGAUACAGUAAGUUCCGUGGAGAAAUCGUUGGAUUUCUACAGUAAGCUGCUUGUCAACAAGGCAAAUCUCGACCAGUAUCAUCACGAGUUCUUCAAAGCGCAACACUUUGACUUUACUGCGAGCUAUAUCGAUGUCGUUGAACAGUGGUUGCUCAGACAGGGCAGAAUCUACAGUGCACCGUUGAUCUAUCUCUUUGGAAUCAAGAGCUACGACUCACCUUCCUAUCAGAUCCUCUCGUUGCUUCGUGACAAUCUCGAGCAGGUAUCGAUUAUCAUUGCGUAUGGCGAGUCGUUGGCCAAUAAUGGCUUGGCUGUCAAGCGAAUGAUGGAGAUGUUCGGCCAAUCCAGUAGGGAAACACAGCAAAAGAUCGUUGAGCGUGUCAUCUAUAUCAACUUGCAUAUCGGUAGAAUCAACCGUGUACUACAUUGGCGACAACUGUUGGAAACGCCAUCACAGGAGAUCGACUACUUGAUAGCCAGACACUUUUGUGAUCCCAUCGCCAACUCCAGUCGACAGCUGGAAAACUACUGGAGAGAGCUACUGCGUGAGAGUUGGGGUAUCUCAAUGGAAUCCUCCGCCAAACAGCAGCAGCUAAACGACAACAGUAUCUAUCGAAAGUAUGUUAAAGAGCGUGGCCAAUACGCUACGCCAUUCGAAGAUCUCUUCAAGUACAACAAUACAAUUUACAAGCGUUCCAACAGCGAUGCCGAAGAAAGUUUAAUGGCACAACUCUCAGAGUUGGCAUUCCUCCCGCGAAUGGAACUAUCGAAACAGUCGGACGGUCUGCAUCGAAUGGCAAAGACACUGGAUCAGGUGUGCAGCCAAGAGUUUGUACAAUUGAAUUUCGGUAUCCUGUUGCAAUGUGUCGAGCUUUUGUAUUACGGAUUGACAAAGGACGAUUUCAAAAGUUUGUGGUCGUCGUUCACCAAAAAGACAAGAUAUUGGCUCAACAAUCCCAACUACUAUGUAUUGGCAAUCGAUAGCAAUUGUAAUGACGGUGUUGCUCUGCUCCUUGACAAUCUUCCACACGAGAUGAUCAACCGCUAUUCCUAUAUCAAGAAUGCAAUUCUCGAGCAAUUGUUGUGGGCAGGUGAGUUCUCAAUGUCCAUGAAGCUAUUCAGUUCGAUUGGCUACGGUAUGUCGUCGGAGCGUUGCUACCGUGCACUCGCCAGUCAGAUUAUCGACGAGAAGUUUCAAAUGGAUCCCGAUGACUACGAACGAUUCAAACUACAAGCCAAUGCAAACAACAAUAUCUGUGAGCUGCUCGACUGUUGGUAUGCGAUCAAGCGUGGUGAUAUUGCAAAGGCAGAGCAAUUGUAUCAGACAUUGAAAACCACACAAGCAAAGAAGCGUGCAGUCAUUACGAAACUAGGAUUCAAACUCUAUUGUUUGACUCGCCAACAACAACAACAACAAAUCGAUGUUUUCGACCUUCUCGAGUACAUCGGUGUGACAAGGACCAACGAGUUCUACGAUGUACUACUACCAGAGUUAACAGUGCUUCCGGGAUUCAACACCAAGCAACUCUAUGACAUUAUCGAGUUGGAUGGAAGUUUCUACAAGUUGUUCCACACACCACGUGUCGUAGAGUUGAUUGUAUACUCGUAUCCCGAGGCUCACAAACGUCUCGAAUCAUUUAAGAAGUUUGCAAAUCUACCACCAAGAUACACCAAGCAUUUCAUACAGUCGAUAUUAAACGACAUGAAUUUCACAAAGACCCCAAAGAGAUACUUAAAACGUGUAAAGAUGUCAGAGAUCGAAGAAAAAGUUAAAAUAACUCAAGAAACUUUAAAUACAAUUCAAGAUAUUUAUAAUCUUUGA